AUGGCAAUACGAUAUACACCUGAAGAGUUGAUACUCCUCCAAGACUCCCCACUAUGUGUCAAACCUACCAACCUUCCACCUGCUGAGGAGUGGAUGGGACCUCCGCCCGACAAUUUUCGAAACAGCCAAGGAAGUAAGACUGGCCCCGAAAGAACCCGCCACAAUGAGUCUGCUCUUCUGGAACAAACCAAUCGACGCGCCGGACUCGAUAGGCACGCAUCCCGAAAUAGUGCCAAUAAUGAUGAGAUAAUCCUUGGACCGCCGAGGACAAUGUUCAACUCGGCUACGUUAUCACGGGGCACGAAGCCUUUCGAUGGGGAUAAGAUCGCUAAAGAGGGCGAUACCCGAGAACGCUUCCCGUUCCGUCCUCGCAAUGGCGAGAGUGAUACCAAUGAACGCUUCCGUGACCGAGAUCGUGACAAUAGGAGUAAUUUGCGCCGUCGAGGUGACGGCGAUCAAGAUAGCGAUGGUUGGAACACUGUGAAGUCACGCAAAAGCUUCGGCAAUGAAGGUGCGGAGCGCUUUCAUGGACGAAUUGGUGAGAAGCCUGAUCGCUUUGGAGGAGAUCGGCGCCCGCGCGAAGGAGAAGAUCGUGAUAACAUUACUGAACGUCCCCGUCGUAACUUUGGCGAAUUCACUCGAGAAAAGGAAGGAGACGAUAAUGACAAGCUUCGCAAGAAUGGUUUGAAUAGGAAUCGCGCAGACAACCCAUGGAACAGAGAAAGCAAUGAAGCCCAGCAACCACGAGAGCGCUUUGAUAGGUCGAAAAGCUGGAGAGACCGCACCGAUGAUCAGCCGGAUUCGCAACAUGAGAGACCUCGGGAACGGCAAUAUGGCCGGUGGGAUCGGGAUCGGGAUCCGCGUCAAGAGCGCGAACCUGAAUGGCUCGAUGAACCUGCCGAUGAACCACCCCAGGCCCACACCCAGGAAGAGUUCAAAAGGUUUAUGGAGUCAAUGAAGGCCAAAACCACAUCUAAAGCCGAGCCUACACCCACAUUAGCCCAGGAUGUUCUCAAACCACAAGAGGAAGCCGAUAGUGAUACCGCAAAGCUAAAGCCCAUGAAAGCCAGCCAUUCUCUCGAAUUGGGCAAUGAUAAAUUCUUCGCUGCCUUCGGCCAGAAAACUACGUUGGAGGUAAGCAGCAGUGAUAUCAUUAAUGAGAACGCUUCGCCAGCGCCCAAGCCCAAAUCGGGAUCCAGGUUCCAGAAUUUCUUUUCAUCUCAGGAGCAAGCCCGUCUUCAGCCAGAGCCUCCCGCUGCUGCUUCUUCUGUUCCUCCACCUGUCGAGGUAAAUCCACUUCUUGCUUUGGCAGGUUCGCCGAAAGUCGGCGCGCAACCGGAUGCCGCUGAGAAGGUCGCUUUUCAAGCUUUACUGCAGAAGCUUCAAAAGCAGACCCGUCAGGCUUCGACGCCGCCAUCGGGUGGAUUCGAACCUCCACCAAGCCACGAUUUUGGACCGAAGAAUGUCAUGGCAUCCCCAGGUUCUUUCCAACAAUUUGGCCAAGAUCAUCGGGAAGAGCCGAUGGCUCGUGGUCUACCCCUUGGACAAGAGAUUCAUCCCCCACAGCCGCACCAAAACCCCCAGUUUAUGGGACUGCGCCCCGAGCAACAGAUGCUACACGAUCUCAUUGGCCAACGCCACCCGGUCCAGAUUUUAGGUAAUCGAGCAGAACAGCCUCCUAGCCGGAACAGCAACCCUAAUUCAGAGUUUCUUGUCUCGCUGAUGCAAGGUGGCCGCAAUAUACCGGAGCCACAAAGGAAUGAACAACCGGUUAUGAGGAUGCCUCAGCCUUCGCGACCCGCCCACAUCCCACCAACUCCAGACCGCGAGCAGGACCUUCAACACGAACGUGGCUCCUCGCAGCAUCAGACCAAUGUUCGACCCGCCGGGCCUCCGAGCUUUUUUGAAGAACCGCCUAUGCAUCGUCAAGAACGAGAGGCUCGUCCCCAACCCACGCAUAUCCUACAACGCCCAGGUCAAGGACCUCCCGGCUUGGAUCAGAUACCUCCGAUGAACUGGAUGCACCCAGGUGCGCAAAGUGGGCAGCAAUUGCCCAACCCUGGUCGGCCUAUGAUUCCUCCACCCGGUCUCCCCGGCUCUCAACGUCCUGGACCUCUACCUGGUAACUUUCCUAGCUUCCCCAUGGGCUUCCCCCCUCCAGAGGGAAUGGCCGGCCCCCCUCGCAACAUGGCUCCUCCCCCAGGAUUCUUCGCUGGUCCUCCCGGGUUUAUGCAGCAUCCCGGAAUGGGUGGCUUCCAACAAGGUCCUGAUUCGCUUCAAUUUGGUUUUGAUGGCCGUGGGAUGCCGCCUCCUGGCGCCGGUGGACCAUACCGUCGAAACUAG